GUGACCCCAACGUCAGCAUGGUGGCAUCCGGCAGGACGUGUUCCAGGAAAACCACAGCGGUGAACUUUCCUGAUAUCAUCGAGAAUUCCUACUCCCAGCAGGAAGAGACCAAACCCAAUUUCAGAGACAGCAAAUAUAGACUUCUUAUGAGCCAGGUGGCCUACUUGCGGAACUACCAGCUGAAGACAUACGAAGAUCGAAAAGAUCACGAUGAAGAACAGAUAUACAGAGACAGCAGAAAUAAACUUCUUAUGAGUCAAGUGGCCUACUACCUGGGCUGCCGGCUGAAGACGGAAGAAAAUGACCAAGAUGAGGAUGAAGAUGUUCACGUCGCAGAGGCUGAGCAAAUACAGGAGUCACGUGCCCCCAGGAAUCUGCAGGAGUCUGUGGAGGAGGAAGCCCCCCAGGAGUCCUGGGAUGAAGGUUAUUCGACUCUCUCAGUUCCUCCUGGCACAUCUGCUUUCAGUGAGCCUUACAGGAGCAACUUACACUCAUUAGAGGAGCAGCAGGUCGACUUGGCUCGUGACAUAGACAAGAUUAAAAAUGACCAAGAAGAAGAAGAAGAUCAAGGCCCACCAUGCCCCAGGCUCAGCAUGGAGCUGGUGGAAGCAGAAGAGCCUGAAGUCUUCCGGUACUCACUGGAUAUAUUGUAUUCAACGUAUACAGCUUAUCCUGAGUUUUACUACACAUGCCAGGAUUACACAUAUGCCAUUUUUUUACUUGUGGAAGGGCAUGUUCGCUUGACUUUGGACAUGGACAGUAGGUUUCUUACUAUGACGGUGAUAGGACUCCACCUGGUCUCCCGGAUAGGGGUCAUAUUCCAACACUAAGACAACAUGUCACCUGGGACUCUGCCAGUGCAGAGUAUGAACAACACCAUGUUCUUGCUGAAACACUUAGCCUGAGUUUCAUAGCCUGAGGUAAUCUCCAGACAACUUCAGAAUGUAGAGCAGUGAGCAGCACGACUGACCUGUCUCCUUCAGACAGCCCAUGUCACCACAAAUCACACAACUAAAAGGAGAAGAGACAUUUUGGGUCGAAAAAGAGUCAAAAGAUAAUGUAGCUACAUUGCUUUAGUUCUUUUGAACGCAAAGUGUCUCCUCACCUUUUCGUUGUCAUUGAUGGUGGUGACAUGGGCUUCUUUGUAGAGGACAGGUCAGCUGUCUGGCUCAAUGAUCUACACUCUGAAGCUGUCUGAAAAUGUCCUCAUGAUUAAAUUCAGCCUAAGUGUUUUUCCGGGAACACUGCAGGGUCAAUGCUACCUCACCCAUCUGCAGGCAGAGAAGGUCCCAUGUGUCUACUACCAUGAUCAUGGUACCAGGACUAUUCCACCAUUUGUCUACGACCAUGAUCGUGGCACCAGGACUGUUCCACCAUUUGUCUACCACCAUGAUCAUGGUACCAGGGCUGUUCCACCAUUUGUCUACCACCAUGAUCGUGGUAC